UGGGGGAGUCGAGUGGCCACCAAGCCGGCCUAUAAAACAGGCUCUCCCCCUUCUCAAUUUGGACCUGAGCUUACCAGCAACAACAACCACCGCACAUUGCUUUCGGCGCGCCGACGACGCAGAGCAGGAGACGGAGCAGAGCAGCGGAUUGGAGCAAGGGCGAGGGAUUCCUUGCUUGCGAGCUGGGUUGAUCGAUCGGUAGCGAUGGAGGGGGCAACGAAUCAGGACCAUGUGAUUGGGAUCCCGGUCAACAGCACGGCCUACGGCAUAGAGGAGCCCGACUUCCCCGCGGAGGAGGAGACAACGAUCACCCCUCCUGAUCAUGGCGGAUUCGUCUCCGGUUCCUUCCAAUCUAUCAACAACAACGACGGCGAUUCCAACGGCUCCACGGUGACCGAUCGCGAGCAGACGAGCCAAGUUCGCAGGAAGAGGGGAAAGAUCGCCCAGGGCAUCAAAGAACACGUGGCUCUGGGGCCAAAGCUGUCGGAGACGGUCAAGGGGAAGCUCACGCUGGGCGCCAGGAUCCUCCAGGCCGGCGGCGUCGAGAAGGUGUUCCGGCAGUGGUUCUCCGUGGACAAGAACGAGCGGCUGGUGAGGGCGUCGCAGUGCUACCUGUCCACCACGGCGGGGCCCAUCGCCGGGAUGCUCUUCGUGUCCACGGAGCGCGUCGCCUUCCGCAGCGACCGCUCGCUGGCGGUGGCCGCCCCCGACGGCGCCAAGCUCCGCGUGCCGUACAAGGUGACGAUACCGCUGCGCAAGGUGAGGCGCGCCGUGCCCACCCAGAACAAGCACAAGCCGGAGCAGCGCUACAUCGAGGUGCUCACCAACGACGGCUUCGAGUUCUGGUUCAUGGGCUUCCUCAGCUACCACAGGUCGCUGCAGCACCUGGAGCAGGCCAUCGCGCAGGCGCGGCGAUGACAACGCGCGCGGGCGGCGGCCGGCGGCCGGAGAUCGUCGCUGCACACGCCUUGUGCUUUGUGCCUGUAGUACGUUAUUUAGAUGGUGCUAGGAAUCUGUGUAUGUGUAGGUUAAGUUGUUACAAGUGCUACAACAUGUCGUUGUUAUGCCAGUGCAUGGCGGCUGGUGAUGGAUGUUUUCGGGGUUGGGGAAGAUGAACUUCGUGAACAAGCUUGGGAAAGGAAUGGUUUGGUGGGAACGGCAAAUGAUAGCCUUCAUUCA